ACCACAACCAUAUUAAGUGAGCAGCCUAUGAGGAACUUCAUUCCAAUGCAAAUGGUCCAAAUUCCAACUCAAAUGGAUGUGCUUCACAACCAGGAGACCUGUACCGACAUAGUAUCUGGCUUUCAACACAACACCAGCUGCAGUAACUCCACUGGAUGGACUGAAGUCUUGGUCAGGGAUUACGUUGAAAUAGUAGUUUACUGGGUUGUUUUCCUUAUUGCAUUUCCUGGAAUUUGUUUUGCUCUGUAUAAGUUACGCUCUCAGGUGAGACCUGACCAAGUAGCUUCUGUGUAUGUCAUAAACCUGCUCAUCUCUGACCUGAUUCAAAUUUGUGCCAAUCCAAUUCAAAUGUCUGUACGGCUAGCAAUGGGAGGCAGGUUUGUAGGACUAUUUUCCUGGUAUAUCUACCGAUACAGCGUGCAAGUAAAUGUUUUGUUCAUGAUGUGCAUCUCUGCAGAGAGGUACGUAAUGAUUGCCCAUGCUGUCUGGUACAGGAACAUUCAAAGUCACAAAUUGUCAAUCAUUUUGUCUGUCAUUAACUGGAGCGUGUCUGUCAUUAUAUGGUUGGCGUUAGCGUUCACCCAUUCACCAUGGUCUUGCAUGGCUGCUAUCUUGCUGGUCCCAUAUCCCGUGGUGAUGUUCUUUUUUGUGGCAACAUGGAGGGCCCUGUCCAGAUCGUCAGUACCUCGUCAUGACCAGAUACGCAUCAGGGCUAUCUUGGGUUUUGUUCUGGGUAUUUACACCAUCUUAUUUCUACCUUUCAUCAUAACAUUGUUUUAUAAUACGGGUAAUAACAAUGACUUUGACAGUUACUCUAUGCCUCUCAUGGCUUCCAUUCUUGUUGCGUUGAACCCCCUGUUUGAUCUUCUACUUUAUGUGCUCAUCAGGAGGGAUGUUUCACAUGUGCCGAGAGCUCUUCUGUUCUGCUGUAAUAGGGGACCGGGGACAAACAUAACAAAUGGCCCAGAUACUUCAAUCUAAACAUUAGUCUGUUAGUCUGAAUGUAAUUAUUCAAUCAUUUUGAUGAAUCAUUUCAGUCACAUUUCACUCAUAAUUGUGACAAGGACUGUGACCCAACUUCUGAUUUGUUUGUGAUUCUGUGAGUGUGAUUUUCUUAUUUGUUCAAAGUGAUACAAUUAAUACAUAUUUGGGAUGUUUUUCCUCCUUGUGUUUAAUGAGACUGCUUAAACAUAUGGCAUGGUCCAGUUGACCCACACACUAUGGCUCCUUGCACUGUGUACUGAAUAUG